AUGAGUUUUGGGAGUAAAGAGGAUUCAGAGAACCUCACAUCUGAGUCCAGCUUUUCUAACACAGAGAGUUUUCACUCUCAGUACAUCCUUGGAAAGACCAUUAGCCACGGAGGCCGCUCCAAUGUGAAGUUGGCCCAUCACCGCCUCACAGGCACCCCCGUGGCUGUGAAAAUGAUACCCAAGCAAGAGAACUGGUGCCAUCCUGUCACAUCAGAGGUGGAGAGCAUGAUGACUUUAAAUCACCCCAACAUUAUCUCUCUGUUCCAAGUCAUCAAGACAGAGAAGAGAAUAUACCUGAUCAUGGAGUUGUGUGAGGGCAAGUCACUUUACCACCACAUCCUAGAGGCUGGCCACCUGCAGGAGGAUGAAGCCAGGGCAAUCUUCACACAAAUUUUACAUGCUAUGAACUAUUGCCAUGACCAAGGUAUAGUUCAUAGAGAUCUCAAGCCGGACAACAUCAUGAUAGAUAGCAAUGGAAAAAUAAAAGUAAUUGACUUUGGGCUGAGUGCCCAAGUGAAGCCAGGACAGCGGCUGAGCUAUCACUGUGGGACUUUCCCCUUUGCUGCGCCUGAGCUCCUCCUUGGCAGACUAUAUGACGGCCACAAGCUCGAUGUAUGGACCCUGGGUAUCGUUUUGUAUCUUAUGAUCACCGGAAGGAUACCAUUUGAUGCUUCCAACUUACUACAUUUUCGAAGACAGGUUGUGUCAGGAAAGUAUCCUGUCCCCUCUCGCCUAUCAAGAGAACUCCAGCACCUGGUUAGGCUUUUACUUACACCAGACCCCAAACAGAGGCCAACCAUUGGUGAAGUUCUGAAGCAUCCCUGGGUCAGAGAAGAUUCCCAGGUGUUCACGCAUCCUCGUGAGGAGCUGCCCACCCUCGGCCCAGAUGUGGCCAUUAUAAAAGCCAUGGGACACCUUGGCUUCAGAGAAGAAGAUAUAAAAGACUCCCUAUUUCGCAAAAAAUACAACCAGGACAUGGCCUGUUAUAGUUUCCUGAAACAACAGGCUGUGAAACAACAUGAAUGUGACAGCCUGACCCGUUCUAAGCCCAUGAAUCCACUGAGGACACCUUUACCUUCCCCUGAUGAUCCUGCCACUUUCAAACUUGAACAAAGUUGUAGAGAAAAGCAACGAGCAUUACACUGGUCAUCUUACACGAGUGAAGGUCAUUUCACUCCUAGAGAGAGGAGAGCAAGAAGUGUUAGAUACCUGUUUACAGAUGGGCAGAGACACAAAGAGGUGGGCAACCAGCAGAUGUUGCUGAAAGGUGAAACAUCAGGCAAGAUGCAGACCGAACCAGCAGGAAGAUUCACUCACACAGGCCCCAGCCCUCUGCACCUCUGUGAAAGACAUAGCAUGAUGAUGUCUCCUGAUCUUGUGGAAGCAUUUCAUCUCACCACCCUGUUGGAUGUCCCCUAG